AGGGAAAACACGUUGUUGAACACUUUUAUUGAUUCGAGUCCCAGUUUCUGUGCGUUUCGCGGCAGGAUUAAACUGUAACAAAAGUGCAACAUUUUCACACUUUUAUCACAUUCAUUGAAUUAAAAUCACGUCUUCUGUUUCCAAGAAGAAGAUUACAGGUUUGCCGCCAUGUGGAUCCAGGUGCGCACUAUGGAUGGCAAGGACACCCAUCGGGUCGACUCCCUGUCCAAGCUCACCAAAGUGGACGAGCUGCGUGUGAAGAUCACCGAACUCUUCAGCGUCGAACCCGAUCGGCAACGACUCUUUUACAGGGGCAAACAGAUGGAAGACGGCCACACCCUCUUCGACUAUAACGUGGGCUUGAACGACAUCGUUCAGCUUCUUGUACGGCAGGCGCUCCCGAAGGACAAAGAGGCCGAACUCUCCGACUCGGACUCCGGCUGCGGAUCGGCCCAGAGCGAGUCCGAUAAAGGGUCCACGCAUGGCGAGAGCGACGGCCAGAGCGCCGGGACCUCAGUCCAGACCGACACACCGGACCUCGUCGACCCGGGCUUUGGGUUUUACAAGAUAAACGAAUUUGUAGACGCUCGAGACUUGAACAUGGGCGCCUGGUUCGAGGCGCAGAUCGUCAACGUGACCAAAAUGGCGAAGACUUCAGGAGAAGACGGAGAAACUGAUGGGGAAGAGGACAUCAUUUACCAUGUCAAAUAUGAAGAUUACCCUGAGAACGGCGUGGUGCAGCUGCGCGGGACAGACGUGCGUCCGCGGGCGCGAACCGUGUACCAGUGGCACCAGCUGGAGCCGGGCAUGAUCGUGAUGGUCAACUACAACCCGGACGAUCCCAAAGAGCGCGGCUACUGGUACGACGCCGAGAUCCAGAGGAAGAGGGAGACGCGCACCCAGCGCGAGGUGUACGGCAAGAUCCUGCUCGGGGAAGCCGGUGAUUCUCUCAACGACUGUCGCAUCAUGUUCGUGACUGAAAUCUACAAGAUUGAAGAGCCGGGAAGUUCGGAUGGUCCCGGAGCCUCUUCCGACAGCCCUCUCAAGAGGUCAAACGGACCCGAAUGCAAGGUGUGCAAAGACGACCUGAAGAAGAACUGCCGCGUGUGCAACUGUCACGUGUGUGGCGUGAAGCAGGACCCCGACAAACAGCUGCUGUGCGACGAGUGCGACAUGGCGUUUCACAUCUACUGCCUGAACCCGCCGCUCACCAAAAUCCCCACCGACGAGGACUGGUAUUGUCCAGAAUGCCGCAACGACGCCAGCGAGGUGGUUCUGGCUGGAGAGAAGCUGAAGGAAAGCAAGAAGAAGGCCAAGAUGGCGUCUGCGAGCUCUUCCAGUCAGAGGGACUGGGGGAAGGGUAUGGCGUGUGUCGGCCGCACCAAACAGUGCACCAUUGUUCCCUCUAACCAUCACGGGCCGGUUCCUGGAGUUCCAGUGGGAACGCUGUGGAAGUUUAGAGUGCAGGUGAGUGAAUCCGGCGUCCACAGGCCUCACGUCGCUGGGAUUCACGGCAGGAGUAACGACGGCGCUUACUCUCUGGUGCUCGCCGGAGGCUACGAAGAUGACGUGGACGACGGCAACGAGUUCACGUACACGGGCUCCGGGGGUCGCGACCUCUCAGGGAACAAGAGGACGGCAGAGCAGUCCUGCGAUCAGAAGCUCACCAACAUGAACAGGGCUCUGGCUCUGAACUGUAACGCGGCGGUCAACGAGAAGGAAGGCGCGGAGGCUAAAGACUGGAAAGCUGGGAAGCCCGUGAGAGUCGUGCGCAGCUCCAAGGGACGCAAACACAGCAAAUUCAGUCCUGAAGACGGAAACCGAUACGACGGCAUUUACAAGGUGGUGAAGUACUGGCCAGAGAAGGGCAAGUCCGGCUUCCUCGUUUGGAGAUACCUGCUAAAACGAAAUGAUGACGAACCGGCGCCGUGGACCCGCGAGGGCAAAGAGCGCAUAAAGAAACUGGGGCUCACCAUGCAGUAUCCUGAGGGUUAUCUGGAAGCCGUGGCUGCCAAAGAAAAGGAGAAGGAGAACAAAAACGAAGAGGAAGUUGAAGAAACGCCCACUAAGGGGAAGAGAAAGAGGAAAUCCCAGACCGUUGACGAGAAGAGUUCUCCGGCCAAAGGCACGCCUAAGAAGAUGAAGGUGGAGGCGUACAAACUGAGCAAAGAGCAGAAGGCCUUGAUCAAGGACGAUGAGCUGAACAAGAAGUUUUGGGACGAAGCCAUGCAGUCUCUCAGCCUCGGACCUCGCUUCCUAAAUAAAGUGGAGGAGAUCUUCCUGUGUAUCUGCUGCCAAGAGGUCGUCUAUCAGCCCAUCACCACAGAAUGCCAACACAACGUCUGCCGGGAGUGCCUUCAGAGAUCUUUCAAAGCCGAGGUCUACACCUGUCCGGCUUGCCGACACGACCUGGGCAAGAACUACCAAAUGACGGUGAACAAACCUCUCCAAGCCAUCCUCACUCAGCUCUUCCCCGGAUACAGCAGCGGCCGGUGUUGACGCGACAAUUCCACGAACGAAAAAUGGAUUUCGUUUUUUUAAUAUAUUUAACAAAUGCAUCAGGUUGUAGGAUUGAUCGAAACGCCUCCGCCUACUUGAUCUGGCCCUGUUUUGUGAUCUGCCUCUGUCUAUCCACUAAACUCGCACCGUUACUAAGAUAUUCUUCGUAUUUACGAGGAAAUGUGAUUCUAGUUGUGUUUUAUAGCUAUAGACACUUCUUGUACCCUAAACCAGCACAAUGACCUGUAGCUAUGCACAAUUACGAUGUUCCUUAAACACCUUUUCACUGUAAUUUGUCAUUACAAUGAUUUGUAUCAAAAGCACCAGCAAUAAGAACUUGUUAAAACGAGCCCGUCGGGAUUGAUCGAAACGUCUCCGCCUUCUUGAUUUAGCCGGUUCAUGAUCUGCCUCUGUCUAUCCACUAAACCUCAGACCAUUAUUUGUAUAUUCUUCGUAAUCCAGAGCUUCGGAUUUACGAGGAAAUGCGUUUCUAGCUAUCUAGUUGUGUUUUUAGCUAUAGAUGCUUCCUGUACUCAUAAACUGCACAAUGAACUGUAGCUAUGCACAAUUACGAUGUUCCUUAAACACCUUUUCACUGUAUUUUGUCUUUACAAUUUGUAUCAGAAGCACCAGCCAUAGUAACUUGUUGAAAACGAGGCCAUCAAGUGCGUUUGACGUUUUUAUUGUUCCAUUUUUAAAAAUCAAUUUUAAUAAAUUAGCUAUGCAUUGUGACGUUUGCGAUUUGUUAAUCUAAAACUUUUUUUUUCGAAUGGUUUCGUAAUUUUUUUUGACGUUAACAACCCUUUGAAUGAAUUCUAUUAAGAUCUGCGAGUGCGCAAAAACAAUGUUUGUUAAUUAAUUUCGCAAGCAGUAACGAUGAUUUGUACGAAAGCGCUGGUUCUAGAAUCCCGGUAAAACAAAUCAGUGCGUUUCAUGUUUUUCACUGUGCAAUCAUUAGCACUAAAAUUAUUAAAUUAGCAAUGCAUUGUGUUAUUUGCUAUGCUAAUCGCGAACUUUUUUUGCCUGCAAUAUUUUGUCACUUGUGAUUUUUAAUGCUAUUACGAUCUUAAGAGCUUUAUUAGCGCACAAAAACAAAUUCAAUGUUCGUUAAUCAUCGUUACUGUUUGCGGAAAAUGAUUUGUACGAAAGUGCUGGUUCUAGAAUCCCUUUAAACUGAUCCCGCAAGAUCAGUGUUUGUUUGUUUUUACUGUACCAUCGUUAGCGUUAAAUACAUUUAAAUUAACUAAUUAACUGCCUGCAGUAUUUCGUAAUUUGAGACAUUAACAAGUCCUCAUACGAAUGACCGUCAAGUCUAAGUUGCCGUAGCUUAACUAGCGCACAAAUACCAAUACGAUGUUCGUUAAUUUUUCGCAAACGGUAACAAUUUUUUGAUUGAAAGUAAUGUUUAAAAAACCACAGCUUUACUAGCGCACAAAAACAAAUACGAUGUUCGUUAAUUAAUUUCAUACGCAGUAGUGAGAAUUUGUAUGAAAGUGCUGGUUCUAGAAUCCCUUUUUAUUGUACAAUUGUUACCAGUAAAUACGUUUAAAUUAACUAAUUAACUUUUUGGCCUGUGGUAUUUCGUAAUUUGAGACGUUAACAAGACUUUGUACAAAUGCUAUUCAGAUUUAGUCUAAGUUGGCGUAGCUUUACUAGCACACAAAUGCCAAUACGAUGUUCGUUAAUUUUUCUCAAGCAGUAACGAUGAUUUGAACGGCUCUAGAAUCCCGUUAAAACUUUCCUGUUUAAACAACCCAUUGUAUGAAUGCUGUUAAGAGCCGUAGUUUAAGUUGCUCUAGCUUUACUAGCGCACAAACGUUUUUUUUUUUUUUUUUUUUGGCUUUAUUAAAAAAAACUAAAUCAAUCUACUGCCAUUAUUGGUAACUUGAUAAAUUUAUUCAAAAAAUUGAUUCAUUUUAACCUAAUAUUAAUUAAUUUACGUAAAAAACUGAACUUUCUCCAUUUUGUUAAGUGACUAAUUAAUACGCUCUGACAAAUAAUGGAUACUAUCCCUCUUUUCCGUUUCAUUUAUUUGCUUUUAGCUGUUUAACUGCUGUAUGUGCUUUACAAAUUGAGUUGGGUUUUUUUUGUUGUUGUUUUUUUUUACUAAUUUCUGCCGUUAUGCAAACAGUGGUCAUGCGCGUAAAACCGUUCCGCGAUCUACGGUCCGGAUCCGUUUUUAAGCGCACCUAGUCUAUCUUGACUUUUCGAAGGUUUUCGAGGUUAAUCCGUGAACUGUUUUCCGCACAAACCUUGACAGUUUCUCAUUCAGGAAGUAUUUAAAUAUAUCGUCUUUUUCGCCUAUUGAUGUUCUUUGCUUGUAAGAGGUAUUAUAGCAUUUGCUAAAUAAAUGACUGAGGCUACGGAUAAUUUUUUUUUUCUUAGUUAUACCUCAACUAUUUCUAAUAUUUGCGUAGACUGGAGCUGUAUAUUCUAAAAAUUUGAAAUUGUAUAUUUUUAGCACUUGUAUUUAGCUAUUUUAUGUAGUGGUUGGUGCAUAGAUAUUUUUUUUGCACUGGGAUGAGUGCUAUAUUUUUCAAUAAACUGUAUUGAACUUUUAUAUAAACCCACUGUGUGUAAGAGCUCUUUUCCUAAUAAAACGCUGCUGUGUGUGUGUAAUGCAUUCCAGUCA